GAAUCAAUCUUGUAUAUAUCUCACCAUCAUCAAAGCGCGUACUGACAUUUUUGUCCCAAUAUAGUUAGUAUAUAAGCUACACAACUUGGUAAAAUAGUCAAACCAAAACACAUCACUACUUCACCCUAAAGAAGACUCAUUAUCAAAAGUCGUCUUACUAUUUUUACUAUAAAUAUAUACUCUCAAAUCCCUUAGCUUAAUAAGAAUCACGAAAACAAUAACAAACACACAAAAAGAAGAAGAAAGAAGAAGAAGAUAUUAGCCAUCAUGGCCGCAAGAAAACCGUCGGUGAGGCAUCCGAGCCACAACCAUCCAUUGCGCAGUCACAAGGCCCAAGUUGAAGAAGAGAUCAUUUGCUCUGGUUGCGACCUCGACCUGAUAGGUGCAGCUUUCAAAUGCACAAAGUCAGAAUGCGAUUACUUCUUGCACAAGUCAUGUUUUGAGCUUCCACGUGAGACUCGUCACAAGGCUCACCCGGAUCACCCUUUGAUACUGCUGUAUUCCCCACCUUACGAGUCAACUUACACGUGUGAUGCGUGCGGUGAGUAUGGAUCCGGAUUCACUUACAACUGCUCUAUCUGCCAGUACGAUGUUCAUGUUGGAUGUGUGUCCAUGCCUGAGUCCGUGGAGCGUGAAGGACACGCACAUCCACUCACAUUGCUCUACCGUUCUCCUUACCAGAACGGUUUGAUCUUUAACUGUGAUGUUUGCCAAGAGACUGUUCCAGAUAAUCUCUGGUCGUAUUAUUGCAAGGAAUGUGAUUAUGGCACGCAUUUACAUUCUUGCGCGGUAGAGGAAGAAGAAGCAGAAGAAGAAGAGCCAAAAAGAGGAGGAGGAAGUGCAAGAGGAAACACAAAGAGUGGUGGGAAUAAAGGAGGAAGGGGCUCAGCGGCAUCGGAGUUAGCUGCAAUGUUGGAAGCUCAAAGAGAGAUGGAGAAGAUGCAGAUAGAGUUACAUAUGGAGAUGCAAAGAGCUAAGAUUGCUAAGAAAGCGAGAAAGGCUUGUCUCAAGUUGAUCUAAAAACUUGUUUACGUUUCUAUCAAGUUAUCUCGGAUUCUUAAUGCUUUGAAACUCUUUUGUUGUUUGGACGUUCUUUUUUCAUUGAAUUGUUGUUGCAAGCUUUCAUGUUUGUUAAUUAUUUUCCUUUUGAAUAAAAAGCCUUUUGACUUUA